AUGCCUAUAGACAAUGGGACGAAUUUUGUAGGCGCGGCUAGAGAACUUAACGAGUUGCAUAAGAUGUUUGCUGAGGAGCAAGUUCAGCGCAAAUUAAAUGACUUUUUUGUAGAAACUCAAAUUCAGUGGCAAAAUAUACCUCCCAAUGCUCCGCACUUUGGCGGUCUUUGGGAGGCAGCCAUUAAAUCUGCCAAGUACCACAUGAAAAGAAUUAUUGGCAAUGCGUCUCUAAAUUAUGACGAAAUGUCUACAGCAAUCACUGAAAUGGAGGCUAUUCUGAACUCGCGCCCCAUAAGUCCAAUGUCAAACGAUCCUAAUGAUGUGCAAGCGUUGACACCAGGACAUUUUCUUAUUGGUCAACCUUUAAAUAGUUAUAGUCAUCCAAAUUUAGAGGACAUCCAGACAAAUCGUCUUAGCCGUUGGCAAUUGGUUGAAAAAAUGCGUCAACACUUUUGGCAAAGAUGGUGUGUUGAGUAUCUCAAUAACUUGCAAGGUCGAAGUAAAUGGAUGAGCGAUAAGAGUGAAUCUCUUAAAACAGGACAACUUGUUGUAAUUGGACAACCAGGAUUAGCACCGUUGCAAUGGGACGUGUACUGCAUGUAA